CUCGCUGUUGGGGCCUCUGAUAGUCUGAUGCUAAACAAACCCUGGGCAACUCUUUCAUGCAUUCGAUUUCGAGUGUCUAGCCGUGCUGUUUCAAAUAAUGCGCAGCCUCCUUCACAAACCCUAACUCGCUCCGACUCAGCCCAAUGGAAAACGAGGAUCCUCGAAACGGUGAGUCGGUUCACCAUCAGCACGUCACCAAGAAACCCCGACUCGCUUGCGUCAUAACGGAAUCCGAAAUCCAAGAGGAGUUCUCUCACCACCAGUCUGGCAUAGCCCGAAUCAAUAACGGGAGCUUCGGCAGCUGCCCGCAGUCGGUGCUUGCCGCUCAGAGGGAGUGGCAGUUAAAGUGGCUGCAGCAACCCGACGAUUUCUACUUCAAUACUCUCCGCAAAGGGAUUCUCCACUCUCGCGCCGUGGUUAAAGACCUCAUCAAUGCCGAUGACGUCGAUGAGAUCUCCCUCGUAGACAACGCAACCACCGCGGCAGCUAUCGUCCUCCAGCAGAUAGGCCGUUCCUUCUCUGAGGGCAAAUUCUGUAAGAACGACGCCGUCUUGGUGUUUCAUUGUACCUUUGAAGCAGUAAAAAAAUCCAUCCAAGCUUAUGUCACGCGUGCUGGUGGGUCAGUAAUCGAAGUUCAGCUUCCAUUUCCGGUUAAUUCCGACGAAAAAAUUAUCGCUGCGUUCAGAAAAGAAUUAAAAAAUGGUAAGUCCAAUGGUAAAAGAGUUAGGUUAGCAAUAAUCGAUCACAUCACAUCAAUGCCUUGUGUUGUUACUCCGAUUCGGGAACUAGUUAACAUUUGUAGAGAAGAAGGCGUGGACCAAGUUUUUGUUGAUGCAGCUCACGCUGUGGGUAGUGUUAAAGUAGAUGUUAAAGAAAUUGGGGCUGAUUUCUACGUUAGCAAUUUACACAAGUGGUUUUUUUGCCCACCCUCGGUUGCAUUUUUGUACUGCAGAAAGAGGAGUUCAUCUUCUGAUGUGCAUCACCCUGUCGUUUCACAUGAAUAUGGGAAUGGAUUGCCAAUAGAGAGCUCGUGGAUUGGUACAAGGGAUUACAGUUCACAGUUGGCGGUACCAGCUGCUUUGGAGUUUGUAAAUCGAUUCGAAGGAGGGAUUUAUGGAAUAAUUAAGAGGAACCACGGGAAGGUUGUUGAGAUGGGAAAAAUGUUGGCAGAGGCAUGGGGGACUAAUCUUGGGGCUCCACCGGAGAUGUGUGCAGGCAUGAUUAUGGUUAGUUUGCCUUCAAGAUUGGGUGUCAGGAGUCAAGAUGAUGCUUUGAGAUUACGGUCGCAUUUGCGUGACAAUCAUGGGGUUGAGGUGCCUAUUCAUUAUCAGCCUCCAAGAGAUGGUGAGAUGGGAGUAAAGGAUAAGGAUGGGUUCAUAACGGCCUUUGCAAGGGUUUCUCAUCAGGUUUAUAAUACAUUUGAGGAUUACUGCAAACUUAGGAAUUCCAUAAAUCAGCUUCUUGAGGAGCCACAGAUAUUGGAAAAGCUUUUUGCAGGAUGAGAAGCACACUGUAUGUUGUUAGCUAAAACUAAAACUAGAAACAAUACAAAACCAUUAGGGAGAAUGGAGAUUUCACUAAAUUAGAAGAUUUGCUUGGAAAGCGAUGACAUAUCCUGUAAACAAUACGGUGACAUUUCAUAUCUGGGUUGAGAAUGGCUUCAGGCAAUGGUCUGUCAAACUGGAGAUGGUAGCCAUUAGUGAUGCAUUGCGGUCGCUUUGAAUUCUUUGCCUGUUGAGUUGAUCUCCAACUUUGACUGCAGAUUAGAUUCAUCUGGCUGAAAGAGUCUUGGUUGAAUGGCUUAAUGCUUUAAUGGUCAAUAACCAUCCUUUGGCUGGGGCAUCUUGGGUGCAACAAGCCAGAUAGUUGCCAGCAAUUUCCCGUUUAUGCAACUCCCUUUUUUUUUUAAUUCCUUCUUGGGCUGGGAAAUGUUUUUUUGAUUUAUUGAGUUUAUAUCUGUAUUUAUUUACUUGAGUUUAGAGGUGUAUUUGUUGACUCUUUGUAUGUGGUUACUUCAAAAUACUUGGAGGGAUAAUGCCAUUUGAUUCUCUGUUGAUCUC